CGCACAGCGUUAAAAUAUCUAAAUAUUGGUCGCAGUUUGCAAGAAACGUACGUACAAGAGCGGAAGGAAUUACUCCAUGCGAGAGCUGAGAGUUCAUGGAAGAAGGGGAAUUUCAAGGACGAGAACACAAUGGAAGCCACGAAUGAUGCUACAAGCGAAGCCGACGCAGAUCCAAACGAAAAGCAGUUCAGUACGUUCAUAGACGCCCUGCUACAGGAAAGCGGAAAGUCUAUAUCCCAUCAGAGCGUUUUGGAUGAAAUGCUGACAUUUUUAAUGGCAGGAGUUGAUACAUCCAGCAUAGCCCUUCAGUUUGCACUUUACUUUUUAUCCAAAAACCCACUAGUU